UCCUGAAACCAGAAUGUUAUUUAAAUCUUGGAUGUCAUACUAAAACCCGGAUAUCAUCUUAAACCAUCAUAUCUAUCCAUCCAACCAUUUUCUGACCACAAAAUAAUGUUUAAACUCAAUCGUAUUUUUUUAUCUGCAUUAUCUUUUUAUAUUUUUUCUACUUGUAAAAGAGAUUAUAAGUACUUGUUUUCAAAUCAGUCGGUAAUAUUAUAAAUCAAAUGCAGAUGAAAACCGUUGCAAAAAUAACAAUUAUUGAUUUUCUUGUCAAAAAUAAAAUGUUUAAUUAACUCUCAAAGAUUAUGUCCUUCUAAUAUCUCCAGACAACUGAGAAAUACUAUUUAGAUAUUUCGAUCCUCUAUUUAUAAACAAUUAAUUGUUUUGUGUCUUGUUAAUUAUGUUAGAUUUUUAAACUUGUUCUUUUCAAAUUUUUUUUUCAGAAUAUGAUGAAUACGAAGGGUUUAGAUGGGCACAAUAUAUGAACAGAAAUAUGACUGAAGGAGAAGGUCCUGAUCUUGUUGCGAAGGUUGAUGGUCCACCUGGAGAAGCAGAGACGGGAGUUAAACCAGUAGAGGAGAAUCCAUCCAGAGUCAAGGACGGAGAACUGACCGGAGCUGAAGAUGAGACUCCGGUAGGAUCAGAGGAGGAUACAAAUACUGCCAAGGAGAAGAAUAAACCUAAAGUCAAAGAUAAGGUUGAUGAGGGAGGGAAGGGAUCAGCUCCUGAUAUACUAAGUGAGGCUGCAAUGCACAAUGCAUAUUUUAUCUGUCACAAUGUUCAGGAUUUGAUGUAUUUCCGUGGAUUUGUCUGGGAAGGAGCAAACAAGGGUAAAGGGAAAGGAAAGAAGAAGAAGAAAUAAAUAUCCGGAGUAAUAAUUAAUUUUAUGUUUAGUCUUAUCUUUCUUUUAUAUAAGUAGAAACCAUGAUUUAUGUGCCACAUAAACCAAAUUCAAUUAUUAACUCAAAA